CGCAGACUGGAGUGCCCUGUGAGAGCAGGGGACGGACCGAACGAACGAACGAACAUACUCGAGCCGCUCCAUGUCGCAGCGAGGAGAAACGCCGACCUAGCUAUCGCGCGUCGUCGCUGACCGCAACGUGCAUCUCUACUCGAACCAAGCAGGAACUCGAGACUAAAAGUGUGUGUCCAAGUAUGGCGCGAUGACGCCCUGUUGUUGAUGAGCGCGCGGUUAGACCGAAAUGUGCGUCAUGAGGCCGAACACGGCCGAACAGGACUCCGAAGAGGCACCCUGAUGGCAACUGAUCGCCGGAGAUUGUUCGUCGCGCUCCCAUCGCCCCGUCUCGUCUUUCCGUAUGUCGCGACGUCGCCACGCGUAAAGACACAGUGAGCGGGAGAGAGUGAAGUGCGUGCUACGUGCGCUUGUGUUUCGAUUCCUUCAUAUUCCGCGUUGUUGUAUUAGCUGAAAUUGAAAGAUAGAAAACUGGACGUGGACUUUAGACAUGUCGGCGUACGCGCAAUUCGGAUAUUCGUAUCCGUCGGCGUCCCAGCUCCUAGUGAGCGGCGGACAGCCGACCACGGCGACGUCGCCGGCGAUGUCAUCAGGGGGUGCUCUGAGCCCGGGCGCCCUUUCACCCUCCUCGACGGCGACCACGACGACGGGGGUGGGACCUGCGGGCACCGGUGGCGCCACGACCCCCGUGGGCGGCACCACCGGGCCCGGUUGCUGCGAGAACGGAAGGCCCAUGAUGACGGACCCUGUGACGGGGCAAACGGUGUGCAGCUGUCAGUAUGAUAGCGCGGCGAGAUUAGCGCUGGGUGCGUAUCCAAGCGUGGCCAGGCUAGGGCCGGCCGCGGCCUCCUACUCGUCCUAUCCCACGCCGACGCCGUCAACCACCGACCAAGGGCCUUACCCCAGCAUCGGUAUGGACAGCUCUGCGUUCUACUCGCCACUGGGUAAUCCGUACGGGCUGAAGGACGCGACGGGGAUGGGCAUGACGCCGGACAUGGGUGCUGCCUGGGGCACGGCCGCCCUUCAACCUACACCCCCCGGUUACUACUCUUACGAUUCAGCCCUGGCCGCCUACGGGUACGGCGCCGGCUACGACCUGGCGGCGCGGCGGAAGAAUGCCACGAGGGAGUCGACGGCAACCUUGAAGGCUUGGCUGAAUGAGCACAAGAAGAACCCGUACCCGACGAAAGGCGAGAAGAUUAUGCUGGCUAUCAUCACGAAGAUGACGCUGACGCAAGUCUCCACUUGGUUCGCGAACGCGCGGAGACGUCUCAAGAAGGAGAACAAAAUGACCUGGGAGCCGAAGAACAAGACGGACGACGACGACGACGCGGUGCUCACCGAUUCCGAGGAUAACAAGGAAAAGGACGACCUCGCGACGGACAAUAGAGGCGACAGAGUUGGCGAAGAGGCGAGACGCGGCCUCGACGACACUGAGCCGAUGAGGCACGUGAAGGCGGAGCUCAUGCAGCACGAGAAAGAUCUCGACGACGAGGACGAUCUCGAUCUCGAGGACGAUCGUCGACGGAGCGAGCAUCCCUUUCACCAUACGAUGCAACAUCAUCAUCAUCAUCAUCAGGGUUACGGCGGUGAGGAACAUAUGAAAGAAGAAGGGAUCAAACAGGACUGUAGCGCCGGUGGCGUACCGAUCCCGGCGACGAAACCCAAAAUCUGGUCGUUGGCAGACACCGCGGCGUGUAAGACGCCACCACCGUCUUCGCAUCCCCAUCAACAACAAUACCACCACCUGCAUCAUCAGCAGCAUUAUCCACAGCAACAACAACACCAUAUACCUAAUCAAGGACACCAUCACCACUCCCAACAAGCGUGGCUCGGUGCGACGGGAGCAGCGGGUGUUGCUGGUGGUGGUGGUGGUGGUGGUGGUGGUGGUGGUGGUGGUGGUGGUGGUGGUGGUGCUAGUGCUGGAGGAGGAAGCUUAAGUUCGUUCGCUCUACCCUCGUCGGCGGGUAUGAGCCCUUCCGCGGCAGCGACGACGCCCUAUUCGAGCGCCGCUGUGAGAUACGGCGGUUUCCUUUCGUCCUCAUCCGGUGGUCAGCUGCAUUACAACAAUUCGUCGUCGGGCUCCAGCUCAAGCGCGUCCUCCUCGGCAGCGGCGGGGUUUCCCGAGGUUGGCACGGACACUCCACCACAGACGCCACCCAAUAUGAAAGUGGCCACGCCGAACGGAGUGAUCCAACCACCGCCGGGUGCUUACUGCCCUGGUGGCAAUGCCAAUACCGCGACUAACGGCAAUCCCAAUCCCUACGGGGCGAGUCACCCCGGCGGUGGUGGCGGUUACCUGUCGACGAGCUCGGGCUCGGCCAGUAGCGCGUCGUCUUUCAGCUCACGGCUGCAGAGCUCGCCGCACAAGGACUUCUCGCCAGUCGGACAGAAUUCUAUUCUGCAUCAGCAUCAAACCACUGCCAGCUUGCCGCCUACGGAAGCUACCACUGCGUUCAAACCCUUCUACAAAGGCUCGCAGUCGAUGGGCAGCGGCUUCGUGUCGCCAGUUUAAGCAGCCAUCGCGAAGCAUCCAGCAUGACAGUCAUUUUUCUUUUAAAAUGACGAGGCGGCGCUGUUGAGAGGAGAGGUCCUGCGAAGGGAGUCCUGCAACUGGACUGUAAAUACACACUCCUGAGUGGUCUCGAGAUUUAUUAGCGUUAUCUCGACCUCGUGUCAGAUGGAAAGAAAGAAGGAAGCGCGAAACACUAGCGGGUGAAAGAAAGAGAGAGAGAG